AAGAUCAAUAACCAAUAUUUUAUAUCAAGUAAAGUAGUCAUGUUGAACGAGUCACACGACUGCAGUAGAUGCUCGAGUAAUACAGGGAUUGUUAUCGUAUGAAAAGUAAUAAAUCAAACCGAUUUGAUAAUCGGGAAAGCUCGUAUCAGAAUUUUUCUAUUUUUGGAAACAACAUUACUAAAUAUAAAAAUUCGUCGACUAGUCGGAUGUGUUGUCACAACAUCCUCCUCUUCUGUCAGACUUCUGCACUGCCGGUCGAUCUGAGCAUUGGCAUUCAAGAUGGCAUGGCUCUAGCAGUCAUUUUAAGGAGUGAAAGAGACGUGAGACGUGGGAGUAUAGAGUAGCAGCGUCUUUGUAGUCACAGCAGCUAGCUUUCUGUCAGAGCAAUUCUACAUUCGUCAGAGAAAUCCACCAGUGUUAGUCAACGAUCCACAAAUGAAUCCCAACCUUGUGAAGCUUCUGUUUUUCGGUUACUUGUCAAUAAACAGUGUGAUCUGUAGUCCGGUGAGAAUGGACAAUCCGGGAAUCUACUCAGAUGAUCCCGAGGGACUGGAGGACAGUGCGAAACACGACAACUGGAUGGGCGGGAAUGGAGAAGACGACGGGAGAGAAGUGAAAAUGGUGGAGUGCAGGGGAGGAGUAUGCGGCGGUGCAACGGGCAAUGUAGCGGCGCCCCCGAAACGCGAGAUGUUCGUGUCGCGUGGAUGGGGCGCAGGGGGCAUGCCCUUCAAUGUGCUCUACAUGAAUUCCAAGUCCUCCAAGCUGGGCUCCAGUGGCAGCUCACAGCCCAGGACAGCCGCCAUCUUGGCCGAGCCGCUACGAUCUCCGUCCUCAGCUGACAUCAACGACGAGUACCCUGUGGAGACAUCCUACCCGGGUGGCGCUGCCGGCAACUCUCCGCGCUACACGGGCAGAACCAAGAACAAGAGCCAGUCGUCAUCGGGAUCGGCCUCAUUCAGGAAGCACUACUCUAUCAUUCCUCAGCUGUUCGUCUCCUACGGAUGGGGACCCAUUGGAAAGUGAUCCAUUCAUAAACAAUUAUAACUAUCAAUUCUAUGCCGGUCUAACCUUAUCUGUUUCCAAACAGUUUACACUGAUUCCAAUUAAAUAGAUUCUAUGAGAUUGUCUUGUACUGCAAUUAGUACAUAUAUUGCACUCACUUAUAAGUUUAUAUGAUUACUAUUGAAAUAAGUGAGCUACAUUUGAUCUCUCAAUGACAAGCUCAAAUAUUUGUGUUUGAAAUUGGCUCGUCACUCAUGAAUAUUUUUUUCCCUUUCUAUUCAGGCAUUUGGAAGUGAGACACAACAUGGAUAUUGUUAAUUUGUUGUUGAACUUUCAUCUUUGUUACCGUAUUCAGCUACUUUUAAAAAUUGUAAUAUAUUUCUUCUAUCAAGAGCGUAAAAAUAUCAAGCAUAUUACAUGAUUGGCUGAAAUGAUAGCGCUCAUCGCUCAUAUUCGAUUAGUAACGAGGGCCGCUUGAGGACUGCUCCAAUAACUGUCAGUUAUGAGUUUCAAAUUAACUUAGUGUUGCUAAGGAACCUAAUUAUAACGGCAAAUAAAUUGAUCUUUCAUUGACAAUCCUCCCAUUACCCACACACAAAUCCAAGACUUAGGCUCGACAAAUGAUAGAAGAACAUUAUUCACUGAAUACUUGAUCAUACUCGAUUCGCAGUGGAAUAUACAAACCUACAAAAGAUUUUAAAUUAUUGGAGCUAUUAUGUUUCGACUCAUAACUGCCAUAAUAAUAUCUAAUUAACAAAUUGAAUCAUUUUUCUUUUUUUAUAUUAAAAUUUAUUCAUUUUUAAAUUAAUUAUAAGCCAACAAAUACAACAUUAGAGCCCAGAACAGAAAAGUUGAUGACAUUUUUAGUAUAUAUUGGGUUUCAGAUUCAUGAUAUUUAAAUUUUAUACCACAAGAUAAAGGUUAGUCAACCUAGUUUAUCAUAAGUUAACAAUUGAUCUCAUCAAGAAGUUCGAGUAACAAUUUUGUUUCUAUAGAUGAUAAUGAUAAUUGAUAAAAUCCCUUCAAAUAGAAUUAAUCUAAAUGCUGUGCUUUUCGCUAAAUGUGGUGGAACUUAUUCUAUUGCAAGGUAUAAAAGAAUUCUAGUCUUAUUAGAUUGUACUCGUUGUUCUCCAUUGUAAACUACAUUCCUGUAAGUUAUUUUUUCUCAAAACAAAAUAAAGCAUUAAGUAAUUUGUAAAAUUAUUGAAGUCUUGUAAAAAUUAUUGGAUUACAAUAAAACAUCAAGUACUCUGUUGAA